AUGUCUGCCACUGCCAAGAUUUUGUCCUCCGACCCAUCUGAGCUCGAGCUCCAAGUCGCUCAAUCCUUCGUCGACUUAGAAACCAACUCUCCAGACUUGAAGGCCGACCUUAGACUGUUGCAAUUCAAGUCUAUCAAGGAGAUUGAAGUUUCGGGUAACAAAAGAGCCAUCGUGAUCUUUGUCCCAGUCCCUCUAUUAACUUCCUUCCACAAGGUUCAGAUCAGAUUGACCAGAGAACUUGAGAAGAAAUUCCCAGACCACCACGUUGUCUUCUUGGCCGAGAGAAGAAUCUUGCCAAAGCCAGGUAGAAGCAACAGACAGAACCAGAAGAGACCAAGAUCCAGAACUCUGUCCCACGUCCACGACAAGAUCUUGGAGGACCUUGUCUUCCCAACCGAGAUCAUCGGAAAGCGUGUCAGAUACCUUGUUGGCGGUAACAAGAUCGCCAAGGUUCUUUUGGACUCCAAGGACUCUUCCAACAUCGACUACAAGUUGGACUCUUUCCAGUCCAUCUACUCCAAGUUGACCGGUAAGCAGGUUGUCUUUGAGAUUCCAGGUGAGACUUUGUAA